UAUUUCAUAGCUAGGCAGGCUAUUGACAGCUGAUGAUGAGUCGCGCGUAUCUAUUGCUAUGGUAACGCGGAAUAUACGGAACGUGGAACAGCGAUUCAUAUGUUCCUUCAUUUCACAAAUUCAGCUGUAAGCGUCAGCUGUUCAAUAUGGAAUAGCAAGUACAGUCACUUGUAGGAAUCAUUCGAAGUCGAACUAGUUGGUCGUUGGUCCCCAUAACAUAAACGCGCGCGUGCGUGUGUGUUUGUAGAAGAGAAAGAAGCAGUGAGUUGAGAGUGAGAGUGAAAGGGGCGAAAGAGGAGAGGAGUGGGAAGGAGAGAAAGCGAGAAGAGAGAGCGAAAGCGUGAGGGAGGCAGAAAAACGAAUCAAGGAUAGUAAGCAGACGGAGAGAAACAUUCGUACGAGCAUCAUACGUGCGAUUUAUGCAAAAUCUCGCGCGUAACGUGGAUGUAUUAACGCAAGGAUUUAAAUACGGGAUAACUGGACUAAUGAACCUCACAAAUCAAACUGCCGAUCCUCCGAGUGGUGUAUUCUUUGUUAAUUUUAAUCAAGAUUGCACAUCAUUAGCAGUGGGAUCGAAGACAGGUUACAAACUUUUUUCCCUCAGCUCUUUCGAUCAUCUUGAGAAAAUAUAUGAAAAUGAUACAGAGGACAUUUGUAUCGUUGAAAGAUUAUUCAGUAGCAGUCUUGUUGCAGUUGUUAGUUUAUCAUCCCCCCGUAAACUUAAAGUAUGUCACUUCAGAAAAGGAACAGAAAUUUGUAACUACAGUUAUUCAAAUACCAUCUUAGCUGUGAAGCUUAAUAGAGCGAGAUUGGUAGUAUGUUUAGAAGAAUCGUUGUACAUUCAUAAUAUAAGAGACAUGAAAGUAUUACAUACGAUACGUGAUACUCCACCAAAUCUUGCAGGACUUUGUACGCUCUCAAUAAGCAGUGACAAUUGUUAUCUAGCCUAUCCAGGUUCAAAUACAAUUGGAGAAGUUCAGAUAUUUGAUGCUAUUAAUCUUCAAGCUAAAACAAUGAUACCUGCACAUGAUAGUCCCCUCGCAGCUCUUGCAUUCAGUCCCAAUGGCACUAAAGUUGCUACUGCCUCUGAGAAAGGGACUGUAAUUAGAGUCUUUCAUGUAAAUGAUGGAACCAAAUUAUUUGAAUUUCGUCGAGGAGUUAAAAGAUGUGUAUCUAUUAGCAGUCUGGCCUUUAGUUCGGAUUCUAUGUUUCUUUGUUGCUCUAGCAAUACUGAAACUGUACACAUUUUCAAAUUAGAAGAACCAAAGGAAGUACCGCGACAAGCUCAAGCUGAAGAAUCACAAAGCUGGAUGGGUUAUUUGACAAAAGCAGUAUCUGCAUCAGCUAAUUAUUUGCCUUCUCAAGUAACAGAUGUCUUUAAUCAAGGACGUGCAUUUGCAAGCGUUCAUUUACCAUUUCAGGGUUUAAAAAAUAUUUGUGCCAUUACUGUGACACAGAAGGUACCAAAGCUACUAGUGGCUAGUGCCGAUGGUUAUUUGUAUGUAUACAAUUUCAAUGUUACAGAGGGAGGAAAUUGUAUGCUUUUAAAACAACAUAGAUUAGAUGGUAGACAAGAUGAAGUAGAUUCUGCCGCUGUUUCUUCAACUGGUUCUGCUUCUGGAGAAGCACAAGCAACAGCUACAGCAUCUGUACAAACAGUACAAAAUUCAGCCUGCAUAAAUAGCUACGCGGGUGCGUUACGUGGUCGUUCGCCAGACUCCAUGUCAGAAUCAGAGAAAUAUUAUGAGAUGAUAGCAGCAGCCGAAAGUCCACCCAAAAGUAGAGGACCAUUCAGAUUGGAUGAUGACACAGAAUUUCCUCCUGUUUGAAGAAAAUAAUUAAGGCAUAUCAUGGAAGUUAUGUCAAGAUUUAGGAUAUAUAAUGGUGAUUGUAAAACGUGGAGAGCAUAUUGGUAUGCCAAUUGUUCAGAAUUGAAGAGCAUGUUUCACACUUCAGUUUCAAUAAGAUCAAAAAUUAGGUGACAUUACCAAGAAUGUUGCACGUUUAAUACGUAAGGGAAUUAACAGAAGUAUAAAUCUUUUCACAUGAUCAAUUAUUUGUUCUUAAUAUUGCAUACCAACGUAACUCUCUCGGUAAUAUUACCACAUCACCAAACUAAAAAUUUAUGCGAUAUCUUUUUACAACCUAUUAUUAGAAAGCAUGUAAGUAGUUAUAUAGAAAAUAUAGUUAUCCAAUUGAGUUU